CUGGCACUGUAGUGGAUGUUUAUCCUAUAAAAGUGCGCAAUCACUGCUUUAAAGCACUGAUACAUAGGUGCUUUUUAUUUCAUUCCAAGGACUUACUGCGCGCUAAAGUGGCCAUGGCGCAUUUUACGCACUGCAGGUAACCAGUGUCUUGGAGGCUCUAGGAAUCAAAACAUGGAUUAACCAGUGAGUAAUUUCCUCCUUAUCCAGAAGAGCUCAAAUGGCGGCACUUCGCAGGAAAUUUGGAGAAGAUUACCAGGUGGUAAACACAAAUCGAGCCACCACUUUUUCAGCUCCAGUGAAGAAGAAACGCCAGCGCUUCGUGGAUAAGAACGGUCGCUGCAACGUGCAGCAUGGAAACCUUGGAGGAGAGACCAGCAGGUACCUCUCUGACCUCUUCACCACUCUGGUGGACUUAAAGUGGAGAUGGAACCUGCUCAUCUUCAUAUUAACUUACACGAUUGCCUGGCUGGUCAUGGCAUCAAUGUGGUGGAUCAUCGCGUACAUCCGAGGAGAUCUAAACCACGGCCACGACUCGUCUUACACCCCCUGCGUGGCUAAUGUUUACAACUUCCCUUCAGCUUUUCUCUUCUUCAUCGAGACCGAAGCCACCAUCGGCUACGGCUACAGGUACAUAACGGAGAAAUGUCCGGAGGGGAUCAUCCUCUUCUUGUUCCAGUCUCUGCUGGGCUCCAUAGUGGACGCUUUUCUCAUCGGAUGCAUGUUCAUCAAAAUGUCCCAACCGAAGAAGCGCGCAGAGACGCUCAUGUUCAGUCAGGACGCGGUGAUUUCACAGAGAGACGGGAAACUGUGCCUCAUGUUCCGCGUGGGAAACCUGCGGAACAGCCACAUGGUGUCCGCUCAGAUCAGGUGUAAACUCAUAAAGUCUCGUCAGACACCCGAGGGCGAGUUCCUGCCUCUUGACCAGUGUGAACUGGAUGUUGGCUUCGGGACAGGCGCAGACCAGCUCUUCCUGGUGUCUCCUCUCACCAUCUGCCACGAAAUAAACCCCAAGAGCCCCUUCUUUGACUUAUCCCAGCGCUCCCUCAUGAAUGAACAGUUUGAGAUUGUUGUUAUCCUGGAGGGCAUCGUUGAGACUACCGGUAUGACAUGCCAGGCCAGGACAUCCUACACUGAGGAUGAGGUUUUAUGGGGCCAUCGCUUCCUGCCAGUGAUGUCCCUGGAGGAGGGCUUCUUCCGGGUAGAUUACUCUCAGUUCCACAGCACAUUUGAGGUACCGACACCGCCGUACAGUGUCAAGGAAUACGAAGAGAAGAACUCACUGCCCUCGCCUUUAUCUACUCCCACCCCUGCACUGACUGAGAGCCACGGUGCCCGGCGUGACCGUGUGUUUUCCGUGGAUUGCAUCAACACUUCAGAGGAAAGGGGCCGUCAGGGAGGCGGUGGGGGUCGGCUGCCGAGCAAGCUGCAGAGGAUGAGCUCGUCAGGGAAAGAGGACCUGCAGAGGAAGGUGCUUAUGCUCAGUUCCCAGCACUCGGAGAAGGCCUGCAGCACAGGAGAUCUGCCACUAAAGCUCCAACGCCUCAGCUCCUCGCCAGGGCAGGAGGCGGAGAAUCGACUGCAGCUCAAGUCUCUUAAAGUGGGCUUCGAACCCAUGACGCAGUCUACUGGAGAUCUGUACCAGCACAGCUUAGCGCCAACUCUGUCCCCUGCUCCGGUCCCAAUGCACAGCCCGCUUCUUUCAGGUGGAAGGCCAGAAGACAACCUGCCAGCAAAGCUGCGGAAGAUGAACGCGGACCGCUGAGACCCAGACUGUCACAGACCACCACAGCAGACUCAAACGGACCUCUUAUUAAGACUGAUGGGAGAAUACUCGCAUGGAAACAGACAUUUUGCCUUUGACGGACUUGGAAGAGGGGCACAAGGUUUUUUAAUUUGUCUUCUCUUGAGACACAAUCUUUACUGGGAUAACUGUGAUUUUGUGUUUCAUAGCAAAGGCAUUCAUGCAAGCUUUAUCACACAUGAUACAAGAAAAACACAAACUUCAGCUCCAGGACAAAAUCAAGAGACCACUCCAAAUAUUCAAACACUGAUACUGCUCCACUGCAAGCAAAGUCUUAUUAAUGAGUAAUAAUAAUGGGUAAACAAUAGGUUUUAGUUUUGCAAGUGGACGGCCUGAAAGCUUUUAUUAAAAUUAAAAUUAAUUAAUAGUUAUUAAACAAAAUAUUGAUUUUUGAAUGUUGGUAUUUCAUUAUUUUCUGCAAAUAAAAUAGCCAAUUGACAGUAUUGCAUUUGGAAGUUGAAAAUUUCAGAGAAAUGUUGAGACUAUAAAACAUAAACUAGUGGUCUUUUAAUAUUUUCCAGAGCUGUUCAUGCUUUAUCAUCCAAACUUGAUCAUUCUGCGAGAGUUCAUGACUGCACGAGCACAUUAAAUUCAUUGUUUAAUG